AGUAAAUGGAGAACAUAACAAAUAAUUUAUUGUAAUGAUGAUAGAAAUAAUAUUAUAUUACAGGAAUUCUAUAAAAAUAAAAUAUGGCCAAUGAUAUUGCUACGAAACAAAAUUUAUUGAUAAAUAUGUAUGUUAGAAUUUGGUUCCUCAAAAAUUAUAUAUUUACAACCAAAAAAAGAACAGAAAUUAUCUUAUCAACUUUUAACUCAAAGACAUAGGCGAUUCAUGUCAUAUGUAGCUGUAGCUUUAGGACGAACUGUUAUGAGUUUUUCGGCAGCUAAAAAACUUACAGGAUGUAAGAUAGAAUAUGAAUGUUUUGCAGAUGGUUUCUGCAUAACCCAUUACAGCAAAAAUCAGUUUUGCUAUAUGUGGAAUCGCAAUGAUCGCAUUAAAUGUUCUUCAUCACUCGAUUGUGGUGGUUGCUGGCCAUGUUUAGGUUCCAAGACACAAGGUCUAUUUAAGUAA